AUGGAAAAUAUUGAUGGGGAUGUGUAUGAUCGCAAUGAUGAUAAUGAUACAGAUGAGGACAAAAUAGAUGAUACAGUGGAAAAUCAUUUUGGAGAAGAUGAUCAUAACAAGAAUGAUGAAGAAAAAGUCAU